AUGACGGAGACGGUGCAAAUUCAAGCUGUUAUAGAUUUAAAUAACAAGGCUUCAACAUCAGGGUUGUCAAACAAAGAAAAAGAACAAAUUCACGUUGAUGUUGCAGAUCAUUCUCUGAUUCAAAAGCUAGUUAAGGAAAAGAAUCAAAUAGAAGACGGGAGCAAUGGAGGCUCGCUUAUGAAUGACAGUAUAGAUGGAAAACAGACUAAUCAGCACGGUGAAUUGAUCUCGAUCACAACAAAGAACAAUUUCGACAAGCAUGGGGAAGAAAAUAAUAAUACUGAAGAUAAUGAAAACUCCGCAGACGAAGCUGAGGAGGUCUUCAUGGAAAAUGUUAGGGAAGUAAUCUCUAAGGGUUUAAUUGAGCAGAUGAACAAAAAAAAUACUUGUAAUGACAAAGAGCCAUCAUCUACAUUGAAAACUCCAGGCUCUAGUAAGUUAUCGAAAGAGCAAAUUGCCCAACUUAUAGCUAAAACCUCGAAUGAUUUAGUGUAG